AUGUCAGAGAUCGGAAGCGGCGACAGCAGUAGUGGGGCUGGUGUGGGCGGGGGGGAAGCCGGCGAGCAAACGGAGCAAGAAGAGCAUGAGGAGGAGGAGGAGGAGGAGGAGGAGGAGGAGACGGCACGAUAUGGCUGCGAUCCCCGCAACGCUUGGUCUCCGUGGGGCUAUGCGGUGGUGACGGUGGAGGGGCGAACAGUGCUGGACGUGGUCCCGCCAGCGAUCACUUUCUCCGAGACGCUCGUCACCACGCGCUCGGACCUCGACCCCUUCCUCCAUGUCGAGGCCUUGACCUACGAGCCCGGCAGCGGGGGUACCGGCGGAGGCGGAGGCGCCGCAGGCGGCGGGGGAGCCGAAGGCGCUUCGGGGGAAGGAAUCUCGCCGGAAGCUAGCGUUGGCGGCGGGGGUGGGGGGCAGUUCUUGACGUUCGGGCUGUCUAGCUGGAACUCGGCCGUGGUCGGAUCGGCGUUUCUUGUGGUGGGGCUGCUGCUCCUGGUGCAGCCGGUGCUGGCGCUCAAGGCGUGGUGGCGAGGAGGCGUCGGCGGCUCUGACGAGGGGGGCCCCGCCGGGGGGGCUAACGGCGGGCGGACCGGACGGGGCGGGAAGCUGCGGGGGCAGUGGCGAUACGGGCAGCUUGAGACCGACUGGGACAACGGAUCGGAGUUUUCAGACGGGGGAGUGUACGAGGGCGAGGACGAUGACGACGAUGGCUGGGGUAGCGAGGGCGAGUGGCAAGGGGAAACGUCAAGCGGCGUUGGCAUGCCACCGUCGCCUUCUGAAGGGGAUCACUUCCAGGCAAGCGCCACCCCCAGGUUGGGCAGAAGGUUCAUGCAGGAUUCCCUCCGUCGACGUGCGGGGGACGGCGGGGCGCUCGGCACAGGCGGCGGCGGCGGCGGCGGCGGCGGGGCGGGGGGUACCCGUGGAGACACGGGGGGGAUACAGCUGGGGCCGAUGGGGAAGAGCGGGCGGGGCGAGGCUAACCUGAUUUGACUUGUAGUUGCUGCUUGUUGCUGUGGUGGUUGUUUGGCGGUGUGCGACUGCUGUGUCGGUAGUCGCGAUUGAUUGGUGUUGCUGGUGUGUCUGUUGCGUGGUUGGGCUUGGUGCGUCUGGUGGGGCCGCUAUUGGAAAUUUGACGGUGGUGUGUACUGUUGUUUGUAUAGUGGGCCGAUUGGUGUCUGGUUCUUGGAGCUAGUUAGACUAUGCAUGAUAGUGCUCUGUCGUUUUUAUGUUUUGAUAGGGUUCGGCGCCGUUUUUUGUGUCUGCACUCGGUCGAUGUCCUCUUCCCAU